GGGAGAGGGGGAAGAAGAAGAAGGAGAAGAAGGAGAAGAAGAAGAAGCAGCAGAAGAAGAAUGGUGUCAGGGGAGAAUGGAGAGGAGGAGAGGCGGCGGCGGAUCAGGGGACUGCUGGGUCUAGGGUUCUGUGUGCAGGGGUUCAGGUGCUUCCCAUGGACUGCCAUCAACUUCUUCCUCAAGGACGGCCUUAACGCCGCCCCUUCCACCCUCCAGCUCCUCCAGAGCUCCGCCAAUCUCCCCAUGGUCGGAAAACCCCUAUACGGCGUCGUUUCCGACGCCAUCUACAUCGGAGGCCAGCACCGCAUCCCCUACAUCGCCAUCGGAGCUGUCCUACAAGCAGUGUCAUGGCUUGCUAUAGCAAUCCUUCCCUCAUCAAACAUCUCAAUCUUCACUAUCACCCUGUAUCUACUCCUCAGCAAUCUUGGUGCUUCAAUAGUUGAGGUUGCUAAUGAUGCCAUUGUUGCAGAGAUUGGAAGACAGCCCACUUCCUCUUCUAAAAAGAAACAAGCAUCUUCCUCUGGUGAGCUCCAGUCCUUUGUUUGGAUGGCUUCCUCCAUGGGUGGUGUCCUUGGAAACCUGCUAGGUGGUGUCACCAUUGACCGCUUCUCAUCUCAAGCAAUGUUCCUCACAUUUGGCAUUCUCCUUGCCAUCCAGUUUCUCAUAACAAUUACCUUUAGCGAAAGCUCUCUUCACCUACCCAAGAGUCCAUCCAAUGUUGGGAUCAGAAAACAACUCUCAGAGCUCACUUUUGCAUUAAAAAAACCCGAGAUUGCUUACUCAAUAUCAUGGUUUGCAGCAUCUUAUGCCAUAAUUCCUGCCCUAACAGGCACCAUGUUUUUCUACCAAACACAGUAUUUGAAGAUUGAUUCAUCAGUACUGGGGAUCUCUAAGGUGUUUGGCCAGGCAGCAAUGCUUCUGUGGAGCAUCAUCUACAAUCAAUACUUGAAGUCUGUCCCACCAAGGAAACUGAUCUCUGCCGUUCAGGUAACCAUGGCUGUGUUCAUGCUUUCAGACAUUUUGUUCAUGAAGGGGAUUUAUCGAAACAUGGGCAUGCCAGACUCGGUAUAUGUUGUGAUUUUCUCGGGUCUUUUAGAGGUUCUCUACUUCUUUAAGAUUCUGCCAUUCAGUGUUCUAAUAGCACAGCUCUGCCCACGAGGAUGCGAGGGAUCCCUGAUGGCAUUUCUUAUGUCAGCCAUCGCCCUUGCAUUCAUAGUAAGCGGGUAUCUUGGGGUGGCGCUAGCCUCAUAUGUUGGAGUCACCGCAGAUGAUUUCUCAGGGAUGCCGCAAGGCCUGCUGAUACAGGCAGCAUGUACACUGGUUCCUCUCUUCUGGUCUUCUUGUAUCCCAGAAGAAAAACCCAGAACAGAGAAGAAGGAUUAGAGCUACGCAGCAGUGUUACUCAAAAUGGGUGUGUUGUGAAUUUGUUACAGAAAUCUUUGGAUUUAUUCUUUUGAUAAAAUUUGUUACAGCAUAUACAUCAAUAAGAGAUUUCCAGUGGCAUUUUACAUCCAUUUUUUCAA